AUGAUGAUUAGUGAUACAGAAAAUCAACCAUUAUCACCAAAUAAAAAUUCAAGUGGUAAUAGUGGUAGAAAUGAUUUAAUUAUUAAACUUGUAUUUCCACCAUCAUCAUCUAUAAGAAGUAAAUUUAUGUUUGUUCAAGAGAAUCAAAAAGUUAGUGACAUAGUAGAUUAUGCAACUCAAUUAGCAGGUUUAAACCCUGGUUAUAGUUUACAAUUAUCAGCAUCACCAACAACAGGUAGACCUCAAUGGUUAGAUGAUGAUCAAUUAUUAAUAAGUUAUUCAAUUCCAACUUCUAGUGAAAUUAAAAUUAAAAGAAAACCAGGUAUUAAAAGAAGAAAUACACUUUCAACUAUUAAACCAAUUAAAGAGGGUAAAGUUCAAAAAUUAACAUCAAUUACAAAGAUUUGGACAACUCGUUAUCUAAGAUUAUAUUCAAUGAGAUUAGCUCAUUCUUCAAAUGAAAAUGAUUCAAGUGCUGAUCAUAUUCAAUUUGCUGAUAUAACAAAUGUUGAUAAAGAAGUUAAUAGAAAAUAUACUUUUGUAAUUUAUUGUCAAAAUAAUAGUAAUACCACAAAUACAACAACAACAUCAUCAUCAUCAACAACGACGGCAACAGUGGGUAGUGGUAAUGCUGGAUUAUCGCAAAGUCAAACAGUUUCAAGUUUUCAAAAUUUAAGUGCAAGUACCAGUGGUACCAAUUUAUUUGCAGAGAGUAAAAAAGAAAAAGAAUAUGUUUUUAGAUGUAUAAAUCAAAGAGAAGCUGAAGAUUGGAUCACUUCAAUUCGUUCAAUGUUAAGAUCAUCAAGACCUGAUCUUUUAUUACCACCUUUAACACCAUUUUUAUCUGUAAAUAAUAAUACAAAGAAUAAUAAUAAUAAUAAUAAUAGUAAUUUAAUAUUACCACCAUCACCUUCACCAUCAAAUCAAUUAUCUUUAAAUAAUAAUAAUAAUAGUAAUAGUAAUAAUAAUAAUAAUAUAUGGACUUCACCAACAUUACCAAGUUCAAUGCCACCACCAACAACGCCAAUAAUAUCAUUAAAUCAAAGUGUAACACCAACAAAUGAAAAGAAUAGUAGUAGUGCUACUACUAUUGAUAGAGAAAUAACACCAUCACAAACACCAACUAAACAAAGAUCACUCUCCUUUUCAUUUUCAAAAAUUGGUGGUAAUAAAAGAAAAGAAUUACCACCACCAUUUAUACAAAAUCAAUCAUCAUCAUCAACAUCAUCAUCACCUUCAUCAACAAGUUCUACAUCAUCAUCAUCAACACCACCACCACCACCUACACAAUCUUUAUCAGAAAGAAAUAAUCAAUUGGAGGAAGAGAUAAAAAGAUUAAAUGAAGUAUUAAAUAGGGAUACAAAAUCUAAAGUAGAACUUGAAAAGAAGUAUCAAAAGAUUAAAGCGAAAAUGGCGAUUUUAAAGAAACAAAGAUCAAGAUCACUCUCUACUCCUGCAACACCAGAAGUUCCAAGAAAAGAUAAAUCUUCUUUUAUUCCAACAUUUUUAAUUGGUGGUAGUAGAGUUAAAGAUAAAGAUAAAGAUUUACAACAACAACAACAGCAACAACAACAACAAUCACAAAAUGCUACAGCAACAACAACAUCAAAUACACAAGUUUCACAUAAACGUCAUUCAUCAAGUUCUCAAUCAUUUAAUUUAAAUAAUUUAAAUAAUGGAAGUUCAUAUUCAAAUAAAGGAAUAAUGAUGGAUGAUGAUAAUACAGAUAAUGAUAUAACCAGUAGUGAAAUGUUUACAGGUAGUGUAUUUGAUGAUGCUGAUAUUUCAGAUUUUGAAAAGGAUAAAGAGAUCAAAGAUUUGAAAGAUCAAUUGGUUAGAAUUAAAGAAAAGAUACAAUUAGAUUUAAAUGAAAAAACUAAAGUUGAAACUUCUUUUAAAUUAUUGGAAAAAGAAUUAUUCACCCAAAAGAAAUUGGAUGAAAAGAGAGAAAGAGAAAUACUUGUAAAUGAACAAAGACAAGAUGAUCAAUUAGAUUCUAUGGCUGAAUUAGCUUCACGUCUAAAGAAAACUUUAUUCGAUUUGAAAGAAAAGUUAGAAAACGAACAACAACAACAAGAAGAUGAAGAAGAAGAAGAUGAAGAAAAUGAAUAUAUUGAUGUUGAGGAUGGUCAUGAUGAUGAUACUAAUAAUAAUAUUAGUAAUAUCAAUCAUGAUGAUAGUUAUCAAAAUGAAAAUCAAUAUAAUAUCAAUGGUAAACAUAAUAAUAGUAGUAAUAAUAAUAAUAAUAAUAAAGAACAUACUAUCAAUAAUGAAAAUGAAGAAGACGAUGAAGAGUUAGAUGUAGAUUAUGGUGAUAUAGGUGAUGACAUUGAAGAUUAUGAUGAUGAUAAAAAUGAAUCUUAUAUUGAGAGUGGUAAUAUUACGACUGCAUCAAUAAAAGAAGAUAUUGAUUAUCAGGAUCUUGAAUCAACUAUAUAA